AUGAAGUACUAUCAGUGCCCAGUGACCCAAACCAUGGGAAUCAAGGAUUAUUCUGAGGACUGCAGCGUCCCACUCACCUGCAAGAACUCUGCUUCCCUCAAGCCCAUCCGCAAUGUCCACUUCCCCAAUGACAUCGUCUUCCAGGACUAUGUACGGCAGGGCGAGCUGGAGAGGAUCGGUCGCUUCAUCCGAGCCAGAAGAGUCAGCCUGGAGACCAUCUACCUGUCUGGUAUGGCUGCCAUCCAUGAGGCUGUCCUGACAGGAAACCUGGAGUGUGUGAAGCUGCUGGUCAAGUAUGGAGCAGACAUCCACCAAAGGGACGAGGAGGGAUGGACCCCUCUCCAUAUGGCCUGCAGCGAUGGCUUCCCAGAUAUUGCACGCUACCUUCUGUCCCUGGGUGCUGACCAUGAGCUUGAAAAUGAUUGUGGGGAGAAGCCGGCCGACCUCAUCGAACCCGACAACAAGGAGCUGCUGGAACUGUUUGGGCUGGCCUGCAACGACUGA